GUGGAUUAGGUGGGCCCUCUCGUGCUUCGGACGCAGUUGUUUACUUUCCAUUCUCAGAAUGCACGUGACGCGACUCGGCCAAUAGCUAGAAAAUAACCCGUUAUCUUCAAAUGUAAGCGACCAAUAAGAAGAGAGUUGAUGUUGGAAUCGGCAACUAGGUCACGCCACUUCUCCUAGUGAGAAAGAAUGACACGUUGUUAGGCCUAAACACCGUUAACUGAUACAGUUAAGUGACUGCCCAUGCAGCAGGCGAAAACCACCAGGACAUCUUUCUCCGUAGACUCACUCGUGUCGCCAACAAGACCCGCAACGGCUGCUCUUCCGGUGCCGCUCUUCUAUAAUGGAUUGGUAUAUUUUCCUCAUCCGGCCGGACUAGUGCCCGUCCUCCCUCUGACAUCGGGCCCUGUUGUUUGUCGAACACCUCCCCGGCCUUGCCUCGGACCUUCGGCAUCGGCUUUCCCCGGUUCGGUUUUAGGUCUUCCUGGACCGAAAGAAGGAGUGUCGCCCUUCGAUCUAGAAUCUGAACAUUCCUGCUCUGGACUUCCACAUCCCGAUCGGAGUUCUCCUUCGGAAUCUGUAUCCGAAUCCGUCGACUAUAAUCUCGGAGUGCCGUUCACGCCAGCAAACAACUCAUCUAGUCGUCAGAAUGCAGCAUCCCCGCCAUCUUCUGAGUCGGAAUCUCCCCGUUCCAAUUGUCAACCUAAUAAAUCAAGACGAAGAAGAACAGCAUUUACAAGUGAACAAUUAUUAGAAUUGGAGAAGGAAUUUCAUUCCAAAAAAUACUUAUCACUAACAGAAAGGUCCCAAAUAGCUCAUUCCUUAAAACUCAGCGAAGUUCAAGUGAAGAUUUGGUUUCAAAACAGAAGGGCGAAAUGGAAAAGAGUAAAAGCUGGACUAUCUUCUGGAAGAUCAUCUAGUAAUCCAAAUGCACCCAAAAUUGUCGUACCAAUUCCCGUACACGUGAAUAGAAUGGCGAUUAGAAGUCAACAUCAACAAUUAGAAAAAACAGCCAGUGCUAGGUUAAGAAGCUCUAUGACAGGACAUUUUCUCCCUCUUUUGUCACCAACCCAAGCUGCAACAUGACUCUUAAAUGAUUUAAUUCGCGAGUGCAAUGGAAGAUUAUUUGAGUUUCGCACAUUUCGGAUUCGUACAUUCCAUCUAGCUGGCCAAAAUGUGAAUGAAAAAAUUAGGUAAUAGCCAUUUUGACGGAACUAUGUAACAUAGUAAUGUACUUUAUAUAUGUUUAAAAAUAAAAUUUGUUUUUGAA